ACCUUUAAACUUCCUUAAAAGUGGGUGUGUUAUAUUGUUUUUGAGUGUAUAAUAUAUUAGUAAUGUAUGUAGUAAUGCCAUCGUAAAGAAUCUAGAAUGUAUUUGUUCUGCUAAGCUAAUGGAAUACUAAAUUGUCACUGAAAGGCACUGCUAUUUGCGAGUUAAUGUCAAAAUUCAAGUUUGAGGUUAUUUGUUUGAAUUGCACUUAAAAAUGAUAAGUCUAAAACAUUUUCAUGAACUUUGUUUGCGUUCUGUCAAAGCAAACACAUGUCCACAGCAGCCCUCAGUAAGAGACAUUGAUGGUUUCCAGCCAGCAAACAUUUCUGUCAGCAGAACUCAAGUGUUUGUCGGGGACUCCCUGGAAAUAACCUGCAUCACAGCCUUGAGAAAUCCUUCUAGCAAGUUCUGCAUGUACCUUUGUAAGAAUGGAAGUGGCUUUCGCAUGGCUAUGGUAAAGCACACUGGCGAGGUUAGAUUUAAACUUGACAGCCUGACAACGCAAGACUCUGGCCUCUACAGCUGUGUGGCUUCUGCCCAGAAAAUGUCUCCUACCAAAGUCACUUCAACGUGUAUUAAUGCUGUGUACAUAAGGGUAGAUGUUUCCCAACUUAGGAAGCUGAUUCUCUACUCCUUGGCCUUCCUGAUUGAUUUGGUGGUACUGUUGACAUUAAUUGGACUCUGUUACCACAAGAAAUGGCUGAACCGUGGACGUCAAGACGAUCUCAAAGACAGUCAACAACAUGAGAUCAUCUACACAGAACUGGUUGGCUUGAAAGAAGACAAAAACCGCUACCAUGUCAACCAUGACACCAGAGUCAUCUACACCAGCAUCAAAGUCAGAGGCUCCCGUACACGCAGCAGGAACUCAAAAGCAGAUCUUUGGAUAUCGCCACACUAACGGAUGGAUGACUUUUUGUACCACAGGCCCAUCACAACUUUGUCGCCAUGUUUGGCAACCUGCCCUGCUCAGCUUAUAAAUUAUAUACAUUUUCAGUUUUCAGAUUGCAUACACAUGUACAAUGUUUGUAUGUCCGAACUUUCCAUUUCAACUUUUACACCACCUAGAAUGGGGUUAGUCCAGAAAAGGUUGUUGGUCCUCUCCUUUGCAAUUAAGAUUGUAGGCCUACAGUAUGCAUAUUGUAACUUUUCAUCAUCGACAACAUAAAAUUGUUUUCCAUGAAACGAAAACCUCAAACAUGCUCACAUUUUUCUUCUUUCUGCAGAGAAAGU